UCCGGGACGGGAGUGCUGCUGCUGUGAAUGUAACACCAGCACGUUUGGUUGGCCCGCACAGUCACGUGAUGACACAGAUCACAUGAUGGGGUUUUUUAAGACGCAGUGACAAAUCCAAACUAUUUCCGCUCCGUUUUCUUCUAUUUUUGCUGACACACUUUUACUUAUCACGGCUGCAGUUACUGUCACAUGCCCUUUAAACCAGGGUAGAAAAACACUGGGUCAGCACAGUCGUUGCAUAUGGAGGUAGAAGGGAUGGAAGAGGAAGGACCUUCGUCCCAGAGUGAACUUCCUCACAGUGAAGAUCUACAGUUGGUUCAGCAGGAAUCAUUGCAUCCAGAGAGCUCAGCCCCUGUAGAGGAUGUCUAUGUGGAUAAGAAAGCAGUAGACAAGCUCACAGAGGGAUUCCUCACUCACUACCUACCAGAUCUGCAGAACUCUAAACGAGCCCUCCAGGAGCUCACACAAAAUCAGCUCGUGUUGUUAGAGACACUGGACCAAGAAGUCACAAAGUUCAGAGAAUGUAACACCUUAUUGGACCUUAAUUCCCUGUUUACAGAGGCAAAGGUGUACCACAAUAAACUGGUGAACAUAAGGAAAGAGAUGAUUAUGCUCCAUGAAAAGACAACUAAACUAAAGAAAAGAGCUUUGAAGCUGCAGCAACAAAAGCAAAAGGAGGCGCUGGAGAAGGAGCAGCAACGGGAGAAGGAACUGGAGAGAGAGAGGCAGCUUAUCGCCAAACCUGCUAAAAGAACGUAGGAUCCACGAGUCCGUCUGCUGUAUUAACGGACAAUACAGGGGGGUUUGCAUGUUUUAGUCUAUUUAUUGCAUAUCAAUUAUAUGGCACGUUACUGCUUUUCCAAAGUGCACACGUUUUAAAUUAUAAGAUCAUUUUUGCAAUAGCUGUACCUUUAUUUGACAAAACAAAUGGGAGUAGAGAAAUAUAUGAUCGCCAACUUGAAACAUGCUUGAUACACGUAAUCCAUGACAGUUAAUACCAGUAUUUGCUUUAAAUUACAGUUACAUGUUAAUGCAGAGCUCACUGAUAUAGAUUUUCUUUGAAAAUUUGAUUGCGUUUGAAGCAUGAUUGUUUUAAACCUACUUUAUUCCUGUCUCAGGCAGGUUUAUGUGGUACAGACAGAGUCCUGGUAAGAUUUUGAGACUGCUUCUUCAGUCAGUUAUAAAAAAUGGUAUGAAGCUAAAAUGUGCUUCAAACAUGUUUUUUGUUUUGAUUUUUCAUUCGUAUAUAUUUUUUUUUCAUUUUUUUUUCCUGGCAGUAACUAAAUUUACUGUAAAAUGACUAAAAUAACUGGAACCUGCUUGACUUUAGGGCUACAAUUUUCUGUUGGCUUGUUUCUUCAUUUAUAUGGCAGCACUCACCAUCUUUACUUACAUUUCUGAAGGAAAUAAAGUUGGAACCUGAAUACUGAAAGAAGGGGUAAAAGUAGCUGUUCACUUCAUGAAACCUGGAAAAUGCUUCACUUGUUGAGUAGCUCUUAGUACAUGGGCUAAAACCUGCAAAACCUCUGGUUUGAUUGAUCCUGUAUGACAUUGCCAAGACCACCACAAACCAAAGACAUGGACUAAAUAAAUCAUCAAAUGCUGGUACUUUCCACUAUCACUGUCUGAUGGCACACCAAUUUGUGCACUUCUCUGCAGACAGAAUUAUUUAAAAUUACUCCUCGAUACCCGUGCAGCCAUCAGACCACAGCCUGGGAUAAUCACUGCGCUCAGUGUCAUUUGUUGAAGUAUUAAUAUGUGUUGUUUGGCAUCAAACAGUCCUACACUAAAUUUGACUGACUGUAUUUCUAUUGUUCGGGUGACGUAUAGAUCAUUUAUGAUAAUGGAUGAUAAAAAUGUACCGAACUUUGCCAUCACCAUACACAGCAUCUGUAAAUUUGUUUACUAGACUUUUUGAGAGGCUUCUAUGCACUAGUUAUUCCUCGAACCCCAGUGUUUGUACAAUUAAUAAUAAAACAGACUGAUUUAUAGUA